CUGGCGGUGGGGAGAACGGGCAGGGCACGCACUGGCCCCGGCGCCCACCGCACCCCUCCCCCAGAGCGCUGACUCGGCUCACCGGACCUCGGCAGGAUGGAAGAGAAGCUGAAGAAAGCCAAGAUCAUCUUCGUGGUGGGCGGGCCCGGCUCGGGGAAGGGCACCCAGUGUGAGAAGAUUGUCCAGAAGUACGGCUACACCCACCUCUCCACCGGGGACCUCCUGCGGGCCGAGGUCAGCUCGGGCUCAGCCAGGGGCAAGAAGCUGUCGGAAAUCAUGGAGAAGGGGCAGCUGGUGCCACUGGAGACGGUGUUGGACAUGCUCCGAGACGCCAUGCUGGCCAAGGUGGAUACUUCCAAAGGCUUCCUGAUCGACGGCUACCCUCGGGAGGUGAAGCAGGGGGAGGAGUUUGAGCGCAGGAUCGGACAGCCCACGCUGCUGCUGUAUGUGGACGCAGGCCCUGAGACCAUGACCCAGCGGCUCCUGAAGCGUGGACAGACCAGUGGGCGUGUGGACGACAACGAGGAGACCAUCAAGAAGCGGCUGGAGACCUACUACAAGGCCACAGAACCCGUCAUCGCCUUCUACGAGAAACAUGGCAUCGUACGCAAGGUCAACGCCGAGGGCUCCGUGGACAGCGUCUUCUCCCAAGUCUGCACCCACCUGGACGCCCUCAAGUAGCAAUGCUGGAGCCCCUCGCCCGGCUCCCAGCCCUGCCCCACCCCUGUCCCGACCGGAGGCCGCCUGGCCUGAGCUCAGCGCCUCCACCCUGCCGGGCUCGAGCACAGACAGCGGAAGCCACUUUAUCCUGUUUUCAUGGACAGCCGAGCACUAAAGGAAUUUCUAAGGACA